AUGCCUCGGGAUCCCGUUCCUGCCCCAACGGCAAUUGCCCACAUUGGCUUGCGAACGAGAUACCCAGAUAAAUUGGUCUCUUUUUACCAAGUCCUUCUCGGUGCAAGAGUGGUUCUCGCCAACGACUUCAUCUCCGUUCUCACCUGGGAUGAAGAGCAUCACCGUCUCGCCAUAAUCCACGACGACACGGCCGUUCCAAAGCAGACCAACACGAGCGGAGUGGAUCACAUCGCUCUCAAAUUUGCUUCGGCCAAAGACCUUGUGCAAGUGUACCGUCAUGCAAAGGAGGCAGAUAUCACGCCAAAGUUCUGUCUCAACCACGGCGUGACAACAAGUCUGUACUACACGGACCCCGACGGAAACAAUAUUGAAGCACAUAUCGAGGCCUACAGUGACCCCGACGAUGUGCAGAGGCACAUGAAGGCGAUAGACCCAGCCAACAUUAGAGCAGUGAGAUUCGAUCCUGAGGACCUUCUUCGGAGGGUCGAAGCUGAGGAGGACGAUGAAAGCUUGAAGAGGGCUGGGCUCCUUGGCCCACAGCCAGCUUCAAUCGGUACUUCAGCGGCUGAAGUGGCUGCUGGCGGAUAG